AUGUCAAAUAAGAUAGUGUCCGAUUUCGAUGAGUAUGGUGUCAGCGAAGAUGUGCUCGCAGAGCUGCAGAGCAAAUGGGAGAACAAGGUCAUAGCAUCCCACGUUGCGGAAUUUGAGGCACCCCCGCCUCCUGCACCUCCUCAGUACCCUCAUCAUUCUAUGAUAGUAUCGCACCCGCAUUACCACAACCCUUACGCGCCACCUCCGCCACCCGUUGUAGCUCCAGGCCAACCACACAUCAAGUCUGAGCCCAUAGACAGCCGAUACAUCCUUGGUGCUCAACCACAUUAUGCUGUUGCCCCUCUUCCAGGACCGCAAAUCCCUGGCAUUCGACAACCAACAUAUCAUCCAGUUCCUGCCGCUCGACCACCUGGCAAUACACCAACACCAGUGCCAGUAUCUGCACCCGCGCGACCUUACACUAUACAGAACGGGGGCGCUGUUCUGCCGCCUCAAGCUUACCAGCAGCCUCCACCCCACCAACCACAGCAGCAGCAGCAACAACAACAACAACCGCAGCCUCAGCGCAUACCGCAGGUGGACGGGCCAUCGUCGUCUGGCUCUGAGUCGCCUUCGCCCUCACCGCCACAAUACGCGCCGCGCUCGUCGCACCCGUCGUUACCACAGCCGGUACAGCAAUCCCCAAGUAAGCCCGACGACGAGGCAAUUAACAGCGAUCUGGACGAUUCGGACUCUGAAGGCGAGGACGACCCUGAUGAAGGCGGGCCAGGCGAAACCGACAUCGUGUUUUGCACGUACGAUAAGGUCGCACGAGUGAAAAACAAGUGGAAAUGCAUCUUGAAGGACGGAAUGAUUCACGUCAACGGCAAGGACUACCUCUUCGCGAAGUGCACAGGCGAAUUCGAGUGGUGAAACACCUGCACACUACGUCAUCAACACCCCGCUUCUCGCCACACACCUGCACACACGCACAACCUGCACACACGCACAACCUUGCCCUCUGCCCGCUCUAUCUUCGUCGCGCUUGUCUAUUCCAUGUUUUCUUUCCCUCGUUGUCGCACUACACAAUUACUGUACAGAUAUGACAUGUCUCUCCAUCCCUACAUGCUUAAGCAAUCCAUCGUUCGCCAUUGGGUUGGUCAGACCUAAUCAUACGAAAGUCCGUGUAAAAAAGUCCAGAUCAAUCACGCCACAGCCUUAGAAACGCCAGUGUACGGAAAACAUACGGAAGAUCGACUAAUAGUACAAUUACACAGUUUCAGUCAGGGGAUAUGAUCCGAGGACACGUCGGGCGUACAACAGCCCAGGUAUGGUAAAUGUCUGAAGAAGCAGUAUAUACCUCCAAUGGGUAUACAUGUGAAGGCGUCGCAUAAGCAUAAGUAGAUGAAUGAGCAUAUGUACGUAAAUAAUGCAAAUCAGCAGUGGUACGUCGAAUCUGUCGGCGCGCUAACAGAGACGGUAAUCCUGAGAUCCAGAAACGCAACAUCAGCGGAGAGACUGGUAAGGCGGUUAAGGCACCACGUAACAACAUAGCAUGGAUGAGUCAAGAGCGAUUGGCUGGCGGUCACCUAUAUAUCGUACACAACAUCUUCUGGGAAAUCAUGGGUGAAGGCGAGCAUUAUAUAGCUAGGGCUUACGCGCGCCUCGAGCCUAAGAUCUGCAGGGCCCGGUCAUCAAUGGGGUCCCUGUGGUACGGGUGAUGCCUGCGUAGAGCGUGCAGGGGCGCCAGGUGCCCAAUGGGAUCUCCGUCGCUAUCCAUUUCGAUUUCUUCGAUGGGUCCAUAAUUGGCAUCCAUCACCGCUGGGGCUUGCACGAAGGUGAAGUUUCCUGCGUCAGCGGACAUAUCGCUCCCUUGCGAAGAGUAUGACAAUUCCGAGUCGGUCACUGAAGGCGAUGAUGGGACGGAAUAAGAGCUUUGUUGCAGUGUGGUCUGGAUUGGCGCAGGAGCAAUGGGGUGAUAUGCUGUGCUCGAGACGUAGCCCUCAUGCACCGCCAACCAACUUGAAUUCACAUUCGGAGUACGUUCCACAGUCAGAUCAACGGAGAUAGGAUAGUUGUGGUAUGUGAGCUGUGUUGAAAGCGGGCGCAUGUUCUCAUCUGUGGUUGCUGACCAGAAUGAGUGAGAUUGAUCUUCUCGGUACAGGGUCUCGUCUGC